AAUGGACGUACAAAGUCAACUACGUAUGAAAAGGAACAAAAAAUAUUCUAAGUUUGAUGCCGCCUCGAGAUGCUCCGAAAACGACUACAAAUAUUUUGAUAAAUCAACAAGAACAUGCGUAUAUUGCUUAAGAUGUCCUGUUGGUUUCAACGAUAAGGUUUGUCCUGGGACAAGCUAUAAUUGCUUUGAACUUCGAAGAAGUAAAGGAGGAUUUACGCCAAAUUGCACUCUCUUGUAUGGUAUGGAUUGCAAUGGUGUUGCUUUUAUUGGAAGCAAAUGCAAUCAAACGUGUCGAAACGGAACUGUAAAUGAGUAUACCUGCAAGGAUAGUGAUGUAAGGAAUGGUAAACCUGUAUGGAUUCCCUCAGGAAAUGUAGUACCAUGUAACUCUUCAGAAGUAGUGUCAGAGGAAGUAAUCAGCAACGGUGGUGCAACCAACUUAAUAGGAUACAGUUUUUUACUUAUAGCCUUUUUAGGGUUGUUAAUUCUGUUCACCAUCUGGAUCGUUAAAAAGAUAUAUAGAAGAAAUAAAGAACAUGAUCCAGGUGAAAUACAGCUACAACCUAUGAUGGAAAGACCGGAAGCUCAGGAACAACUGGAAGCUCAGGAACGUCCGGAGUCUCAGGAACAUCAGGGAGCCCAUAAAAUGAGUGUCAUAGUUAAUACUGCAUCAAUGCAACGUCAUAAUAAUCAGAAUGAUACAUUUUCAGAAAAUGAUGAGAAUUUAGAAAGGCAAAAUAUAGAAUUUGAUUAUUAUAAUUGA